GCGAUGGACGAUCCGGAAAGCUCUUUCUUUCCCCCUUAUCGCGAAAUUUAGGGUUCUUGGGCGGAUUUUAGGGCUGCUUUGUUUUUGGCGCCAUGGCGAUGAUGGAGAACAAGUCGCUGCUGUGGGCGCAUCCGGAGAAGAGCGGGCAGCUCCUGAAACGCGGGAGCGACAUCAAGUCUUGGAAGAAGCGGCAAUUUGCGCUCAAGGACACAUUCUUGUUCUACUUUAAGAUUUUGCCUACAGUGGAACAAUCCGAGCCAACUGGUGUGAUUCCUUUGCAAGGAUGCAAAGUGGAAGCCAUUCCGGCUGGAGUCCAUGGCAUCAAGAAAUACUCUUUUAUCAUCAAUCUUCCGGACAAGUAUAUAUUGACAAAGGCCGUGAAGCGUGCUCUUUAUAUUCUAUCAGCGCACGACGAACCGGACAGACAAUCUUGGAUUGAUGCAAUUCGUUGUGCCUCUGUAUCCAAGCAGAUUAUUCGCGCCAAGCUCGAGCACUCGAGGCUUGAGGUUCACGACCUGGAACUGCGAUGGAAGGUUGCAAGUGCUCUGGAUGCCGGCAAGAAAAUGCCAUUUGAGCUGCAAGAAAGCGUUGUCAUGCAAGCUCUGGCGGACGAACUUAUGGAAGUUUACUACUCCAUCGAGCUUUUAAACCAGAGACUAGAGGAAGCCACGGACAGGUACAGAACAGCGUGCGAGCAACUAUCUAUGCUAGAGCAAGCCAAUGCCAUGCACCAGGAAGCUCUUAUGCGUGAAGGAUCUAUGCAAAUGAUGCAUAAGAUAAGAUCAGACGAAAGUGAAUGCAACGGGAUCCUCGAGUACUUGGUCGCUGCAAGGAUAUCAUUAAGAACACUUCAAAAACAGGUUGACGCACUGUCUGGCCUCAGUGAAGGUGGUGAGGGGGUUCCAUCUUAUGUGGAUAUAGAGGGGCUACUAAGACAAACUUUGGCUCGCCUGGGAACUCUAGAGUACCAAACAUGGGGAACUGAGAACUUGCCAGACGAGGAGCAAAUUGCGAGCCUCUAUGCUGCGAUCGAAGCUUGCCACAAACAAGAGAAGCAUCUGGUGAACGAAGCAGCUAUAUUUCUCGGCUAUGCUCCAGCUGAUGUGGGAAGUCAAGUCACUUUACCUCCCCCAGCAGCUGGAGGAGAGAAUACAUCCGAAGAUCAUUGAUCUUUCCUACCAAAAUUUCCUCUUUUUCGGCCUCUGCUAGCUUGGACGACCAUCGCCAGUUUUCAGCACCCAAGUAGCACCUCUCGUGUAGCAAAGUUCCUUCAUUAUCUGGAGCACAGAGAUCAAGUAUGGGAAGUUUUGUAAGCUUUUGAGUACCUUUUGGUAAAGUUGAUUCGACGGCAUUUUACGUAACGCCAGCUUGAACGCUUCCAUGAUCUCUGAUCUUUGCAAGCCAGCGGACUUUUGCUUCAGUAACGCGAUGACCACUUCCCUGCA